AUGGCGUCCACCACCAAGCACGCGCUGCUCCGUCUGCUCCUCCUCCUCCCUCUACUGCACACCUCUCUCCCCGCCAUUGCUGCCGCGCCCUCCGGCUCCGCGGCGGCGGGGAACGCGGAGGUGGACGCGCUGAUGGAGCUGAAGGCGGCGCUGGACCCGUCGGGCCGGUCGCUGCCGUCGUGGGCGAGGGGUGGCGACCCGUGCGGCCGCGGCGACUACUUCGAGGGCGUGUCCUGCGACGCUCGCGGCAGGGUGGCGACGGUCUCGCUGCAGGGGAAGGGGCUCGCGGGCGCCAUCUCGCCGGCGGUGGCAAUGCUGCCGGGGCUCACCGGGCUGUACCUGCACUACAACGCGCUGAGUGGGGCUAUACCUCGUCAGCUCGGCGACCUCCCCUUGCUCGCUGAGCUCUACCUCGGCGUCAACAACCUCUCCGGCGCCAUCCCCGUCGAGCUCGGCCGCCUCUCUUCCCUCCAAGUGCUGCAGCUCGGGUACAACCAGCUCUCUGGGAGCAUCCCAACUCAGCUGGGUCAGCUCAAGAAGCUCACUGUCCUUGCCCUCCAGUCCAACCAGCUCGCCGGCGCGAUCCCGGCAUCUCUCGGUGACCUGCCGGAGCUGGCACGGCUGGAUUUGAGCUCCAAUCACCUCUUCGGAUCGAUCCCUUCCAAGCUUGCCGCAAUCCCCAAGCUUGUCGCAUUGGACCUCAGGAAUAACACUCUUUCAGGAAGUGUUCCUUCUGGUCUGAAGAAACUGAACGAGGGGUUUCACUAUGACAACAAUUCAGAGCUAUGUGGAGCUCGUUUUGAUUCUCUGAAACCAUGCGCGAACGGCGAUGGCGACGAUAACGAAGAUGGCGGGAAAAUGCCUCGUAAACCUGAAUCAACCUCUGUCAAUGUCAAGCCACUGCAACCUCCACAGACCAUGAACGUGAACAGAGACUGUGACAAUGGCGGCUGCUCAACGUCAUCGUCGUCGUCGUCUUCGACGGCGACGACACUCUCUUCGGGGGCUAUUCUCGCCGGAACGAUUGUCAUCGUCGGUGGAGUGGCGGCGUGCGGGCUGUCGGUGUUCUCGUGGCGGCGCCGGCAGAAGCAGAAGGUUGGCAGCACGGUGGAGAGCUUGGAAGGGCGAGGUAGCAUGGACAAGCAGAAGGAAGCUUGCCAGAGGAGCAACGCGUCGUCGUCGUUGAUCAACGUGGAGUACUCCAGCGGCUGGGACACCUCGUCGGAGGGGUCCCAGCAAGGCGUCCGGCUGUCGCCGGAGUGGUCGCCGAGCGUGCGGUUCAACCUGGAGGAGGUGGAGUGCGCGACGCAGUACUUCUCCGACGUGAACCUGCUCGGCAGGAGCGGCUUCGCGGCGACGUACAGGGGCACCAUGCGCGACGGCACGGCGGUCGCCGUCAAGAGCAUCAACAAGAGCAGCUGCAAGGCGGAGGAGGCCGACUUCCUCCGGGGGCUCCGCGUGAUCACUUCGCUCCGGCACGACAACCUCGUCGGCCUCCGCGGGUUCUGCCGCUCCCGCGCCAGAGGCGAGUGCUUCCUCGUCUACGAGUUCAUGGCCAACGGCUGCCUCUCCCGCUACCUCGACGUCAAGGACGGCGAAGCCGCCGCCGCCGCCGUGCUCGACUGGCCCACGCGCGUCUCCAUCAUCAAAGGCGUCGCCAAAGGAAUCGAGUAUCUGCACAGCAGCAAGGCGAACAAGGCAGCUCUGGUGCACCAGAACAUCAGCGCGGACAAGAUCUUGAUGGACCACCACUUCACCCCUCACCUCUCCGGCGCCGGCGAGCACAAGCUGGUCGCCGACGACGUGGUGUUCUCGACGCUCAAGGACAGCGCCGCCAUGGGCUACCUGGCGCCGGAGUACACGACGACGGGGCGGUUCACCGACCGGAGCGACGUCUACGCCUUCGGGGUGGUGGUGUUCCAGGUGCUGACGGGGAGGAAGGCGGUGUCGUCGCAGCUCCGCCUCCUCGGCGGCGCCGAGUACUCCGGCAAGCUGGACGACCUCGUGGACCCGCGCCUCGCCGGGCGGUUCUCCAGGCCCGAGGCCGCCAAGCUCGCCGGCGUCGCGCUGCUCUGCACCAGCGAGUCGCCGGCGCAGCGCCCGGACAUGGCCGCCGUGCUGCAGCAGCUCGGCGCCACACAGUAGUGACCAGUGACAGUGCCGGACCACCGCCAAGCUGCCAUUGUCGUUCUAGCUCCAUCCUGUACUGCAUGCCAUCGUAGU